CACAUUCGGCAUUUUUUCAUUUAUUUUGCCUCCAAUAUUUUUUGUUGAUCCAGAAUUUUUAUCUAAAUAUCCGAAUAUUCUUUUUUUUUUUUUGUCAAAUUUUCUUUCGUUGGUCUGUGUGUGUAUUUGGACAUCUUUUGUUUGGGUGUGUGUAUAUGGUGUUAGAUUGAAACACAUUAUCUCUGAGUGUGUGACAUUCAAUUCAAUAUAUUGAAUUGAAAUCACGCUCAUCAUUGUCAACGGCAAUAAAUAAAACAAAAACAAAUAGAAAAAAAAAAUGUCAAACAUAGUGACCAGUGAUUCAAAAGCACCUGUGCGCGAGGUACGUCGUGUACAAUUUGGUAUAUUUUCGCCGGAUGAAAUACGUCGUAUGUCAGUCACCGAUGGUGGUAUUCAAUAUGCUGAAAUCUAUGAAAAUGGCCGACCGAAAAUCGGUGGCUUGAUGGAUCCACGACAAGGUGUUGUCGAUCGAACAUCACGUUGUCAAACAUGUGCCGGAAACAUGGUUGAAUGUCCAGGACAUUUUGGACAUUUAGAAUUGGCUAAACCAGUGUUUCAUAUUGGUUUCUUGAAUAAAACAAUAAAAAUCCUUCGUUGUGUUUGUUUUUAUUGUUCCAAGAUGCUAAUAUCACCAACAAAUUCUAAAAUAAAGGAGAUUGUUGCCGAAACCAAAGGAAAUCCACGUAAACGUCUGGCACAUGUUUAUGAUCUGUGUAAAGGAAAAAAUAUCUGCGAAGGAACUGAUGAUAUGGAUUUGAAUAAAGAAAACACCGAUUUUAAUGAAGCCGAUCAGCAACUAGCAUUGAAGAAAAAAGUAAAUCUACAUGGUGGUUGUGGCCGCUAUCAACCACAAAUCAAACGUGAAGGUUUGGAUCUUUACGCUGAAUGGAAACAUUUGAAUGAAGAUUCACAUGAGAAAAAAAUCGCAUUGACCGCCGAGCGUGUACAUCAGAUUUUCAAAGAUAUCUCGGACGAAGAAAUCUCCAUACUGGGUAUGGAUCCAAAAUAUGCACGACCUAGUUGGAUGAUGGUGACCGUAUUACCAGUGCCACCAUUAUGUGUUCGGCCAGCUGUAGUGAUGUUUGGAUCGGCACGUAAUCAAGAUGAUUUGACACAUAAAUUAGCCGAUAUUGUCAAGACAAAUAAUGAAUUGAUUAAAAAUGAACAAAACGGAGCAGCCACACAUAUUAUAGCGGAAAAUGUGAAAAUGUUACAAUUUCAUGUGGCCACGUUUGUUGAUAAUGAAAUACCGGGCAUUCCACGUGCACAGCAAAAAUCUGGACGCCCAUUGAAAUCUAUCAAACAACGAUUGAAAGCAAAAGAAGGACGUAUUCGUGGCAAUCUUAUGGGUAAACGUGUUGAUUUCUCCGCACGUACCGUUAUUACACCGGAUCCGAAUCUUCGUAUCGAUGAAGUCGGUGUACCGCGUUCAAUUGCUCAGAAUCUAACAUUUCCCGAGAUUGUCACACCAUUUAAUAUUGAUCAAUUAAAAGAACUCGUAUGCAAAGGUAAUAAUCAAUAUCCUGGAGCAAAAUAUAUUAUACGUGAUAAUGGUGAACGUAUCGAUUUGAGAUUUCAUCCACGACCAUCAGAUCUGCAUCUAGAAUUUGGUUAUAAAGUUGAACGUCAUAUUCGUAAUGGUGAUGUGAUUGUAUUUAAUCGACAACCAACAUUACAUAAAAUGAGUAUGAUGGGACAUAAAAUACGUGUAUUACCAUGGUCAACAUUUCGUUUCAAUCUAUCGGUUACGACUCCAUAUAAUGCUGAUUUCGAUGGUGAUGAAAUGAAUCUACAUGUACCACAAUCGUUGGAAACACGUGCUGAAAUCGAACAAUUAGCAAUGGUGCCAAGAAAUAUUAUAACACCACAAUCAAAUAAACCUGUCAUGGGUAUCGUCCAAGACACAUUGACAGCUGUACGUAAAAUGACUAAACGUGAUGUAUUCCUCACACAAGAUCAAAUGAUGAAUUUAUUGAUGUUUCUGCCAACAUGGGAUGGUAAAUUACCGAUGCCUUGUAUAUUGAAACCAAUACCAUUGUGGACUGGGAAACAACUUUUCUCCCUAAUCAUACCAGGACAUGUUUCUUUGAUACGUAAUCAUUCCACACACCCUGAUGAUGAAGACGAAGGCCCCUACAAAUGGAUAUCACCUGGUGAUACAAAAGUUUUGAUUGAAAAUGGUGAACUUUUAUCCGGAAUUGUUUGUGCCAAAACUGUCGGCAAAUCAGCUGGAAAUCUGAUGCAUGUUGUGUUUCUAGAAAUGGGACAUGAAACAUGUGGUUUGUUUUAUUGGCAUAUACAAACCGUAAUUAAUAAUUGGCUGCUAUAUGAAGGCCACUCGAUUGGUAUUGGUGAUACAUUUGCUGAUCCACAAACAUAUCGUGACAUUCAAGAAACAAUCAAAAAAGCUAAACAAGAUGUGAUUGAGGUGAUUGAAAAAGCACAUAAUGAUGAAUUGGAACCAACACCCGGUAAUACAUUGAGGCAAACAUUCGAGAAUCAAGUAAAUCGUAUAUUGAAUGAUGCUCGUGAUAAGACUGGAGCGUCGGCUCAAAAAUCAUUGUCAGAAUUUAAUAACUUCAAAGCUAUGGUCGUAGCUGGAUCGAAAGGUUCGAAAAUUAAUAUAUCACAAGUUAUUGCCUGUGUAGGUCAACAGAAUGUGGAAGGCAAACGUAUACCAUUCGGUUUUCGUAAACGUACCUUACCGCAUUUCAUUAAAGAUGAUUAUGGUCCAGAAUCACGUGGUUUUGUGGAGAAUUCCUAUUUGGCCGGUUUGACACCAUCGGAAUUUUUCUUUCAUUCAAUGGGUGGUCGUGAAGGUUUGAUUGAUACGGCUGUAAAAACUGCAGAAACUGGCUAUAUUCAACGACGAUUAAUUAAAGCCAUGGAAUCUGUAAUGGUCACCUAUGAUGCAACGGUUCGUAAUUCAAACGGUCAAGUGAUUCAAUUACGUUAUGGUGAAGAUGGUUUGGAUGGUUCACAUGUUGAAUUUCAAAACCUUCCUACAUUGAAACCGAAUGAUCGACAGUUUCGGGAACGUUUUCGUUUCGAUGCAACGAAUGAAAAAUAUUUACGAAAAACUUUCACUGAAGAUGUUGUAAAAGACUUACUUGGUAAUCCACGUUCAUUAUCAGAAUUGGAACAAGAAUUUGAACGUUUACAAAAAGAUCGUGAUACAUUACGUGGAUUAUUCCCUACGGGUGAUUCAAAAGUCGUUCUGCCUUGUAAUAUAAAUCGUAUGAUUUGGAAUGCACAGAAAAUAUUUCAUGUCAAUAAACGAGUGGCUACGGAUCUCUCACCAUUAAAAGUAUUGACCGGUGUUGAAAACCUAGUGAACAAAUUGACCAUUGUACCUGGGGAAGAUCCAUUGUCGAUAAAAGCAAAUCAAAAUGCAACACUUUUAUUUCGUUGUCUAUUAAGAUCAACAUUGUGUACGAAAAAAAUUACCGAACAAGAUCGAUUGAGUUCUGAAGCCUUCGAUUGGUUAUUGGGUGAAAUUGAUUCGAAAUUUCAUCAAGCACAAGUGCAACCAGGUGAAAUGGUCGGAGCAUUGGCAGCACAAUCAUUGGGUGAACCAGCCACUCAAAUGACAUUGAACACAUUUCAUUAUGCUGGUGUAUCGGCAAAAAAUGUUACAUUGGGUGUACCACGUUUAAAAGAAAUUAUCAACAUAUCGAAAAAACCAAAAACACCAUCAUUAACAGUGUUUUUGACCGGAGCUGCUGCACGUGAUGCUGAAAAAGCCAAAGAUGUUUUAUGUCGUUUGGAACAUACAACCCUGAGAAAAGUGACAGCUAACACGGCAAUUUUUUAUGAUCCAGAUCCAUUGAAUACCGUGAUACACGAAGAUCAAGAAUUUGUAAAUGUUUAUUAUGAGAUGCCCGAUUUUGAUACAUCACGUAUAUCACCAUGGUUGUUGCGUAUUGAAUUAGACCGUAAACGUAUGACGGAUAAAAAAUUAACGAUGGAACAAAUUGCUGAAAAAAUUAAUGCUGGUUUUGGUGAAGAUUUAAAUUGCAUAUUCAAUGAUGAUAAUGCAGAGAAAUUAGUGCUGCGCAUACGUAUAAUGAAUCCGGAGGAAAAAUCAUCAGCCGAAGAAGAAGAACAAAUUGAUAAAAUGGAAGAUGAUGUUUUCUUGCGUUGUAUUGAAUCAUCAUUAUUAAGUGAUAUCACAUUACAAGGUAUUGAAUCGAUAGCUAAAGUUUAUAUGCAUCUACCUACGACGGAUAAUAAAAAACGUAUCAUCAUCACCGAAACUGGUGAUUACAAAUCGAUUGCCGAGUGGCUAUUGGAAACGGAUGGUACAAGUUUAAUGCGAGUCCUAUCGGAACGUGAUGUUGAUCCAACACGUACUUAUUCGAAUGAUAUCUGUGAAAUAUUCUCAACAUUGGGUAUUGAAGCUGUACGAAAAGCAGUGGAAAAAGAAAUGAAUCAUGUUAUUUCCUUCGAUGGUUCAUAUGUAAAUUAUCGUCAUUUAGCAUUGCUUUGUGAUGUUAUGACUGCUAAAGGACAUUUGAUGGCCAUCACUCGUCAUGGUAUUAAUCGUCAAGAUGUUGGUGCAUUGAUGCGUUGUUCAUUCGAGGAAACCGUCGAUGUAUUGAUUGAUGCUGCAAUGCAUGCUGAGAUUGAUUAUUUGAAAGGUGUUUCCGAAAACAUUAUCGUUGGUCAAUUGGCUAGAAUCGGUACUGGCUCAUUUGGUUUAUUAUUGGAUCCAGAAAAAUGUAAACUUGGUAUUGAAAUACCUACGAAUCUACAUGGACUUGGUAUGUGUUUGGAGUUGUUUGUUUUUUUGAUCAUUAUUAAUUUUUGGCUUUUUUAUGAUUUAGGAACUGGUUUAUUCUAUGGUAUGGAUUCACCAUCAAUGACUGGAUCGGGAAUGUCUCCACAGAUGACACCAUAUGGUGUUUCAACACCUGCUUAUGCAUUACCAUGGGCUUCAGGUGGAAGUGGUGUUGGUGUUGGUCUUGGUAUGACACCGGCAGCAGCUGGAUUCUCACCAUCAGCUGCGUCUGAUGCAGGAUUUUCACCUGGAUAUUCGCCAAGUUGGUCACCAAGUGGCCUUGGCAGUCCAGGAUCCCCAUCUAGUCCAUAUCUUCCAUCCCCAAGUGGUCCAUUAUCGCCAUCAUAUUCACCUGCAUCUCCUAAUUAUAUGCCAAUGUCACCGCAUAUCGGGGUAGCAAGCCCAUCAUAUUCUCCAACCUCACCAUCUUAUUCGCCAACUUCACCAUCGUAUAGUCCAACUUCGCCAUCGUAUUCUCCAACCUCACCAUCGUAUUCGCCAACUUCCCCAUCGUAUUCUCCAACCUCACCUAAUUAUUCACCAUCGUCUCCAUCCUAUAGUCCAACUUCACCAUCGUAUUCUCCGACCUCACCAUCGUAUAGCCCCACAUCGCCAUCGUAUUCUCCAACAUCACCAUCGUAUUCGCCAACUUCGCCAUCAUAUUCUCCAACCUCACCAUCGUAUUCACCAUCGCCAUCAUAUUCGCCAACUUCCCCAUCGUAUUCUCCAACAUCACCCUCGUAUUCGCCAACUUCCCCAUCGUAUUCUCCAACAUCACCGUCAUAUUCGCCAUCUUCUCCAAAUUAUUCACCAUCUUCUCCAUCUUACAGCCCAUCGUAUACAUCACCGUAUGCUCCAUCAUCGCCAAAAUAUUCACCUGGUGCUGCUUCGAGCUAUUCGCCAUCGUCCCCUUCAUAUCAGCCAUCAUUUUCACCGAGAUAUUCAUCAUUGUCUCCCAAAUAUUCUCCUUCAUCGCCAUCGUAUGCUCCAUCAUCGCCACAGUCAUAUUCACCUGGUGCAAGCAGUGGAUAUUCGCCAUCUUCACCACCGUAUGGGCGUUCCGGUCCAGAUAGUGGAAUUGUAGGUGGUGGCACAGGUUCAUCAUCUGUUUAUUCACCAGCAUCGCCUACUUAUUCAGGUGUUGGUAGUAAUGGACGUCCUAUUGGAUCUGUUGGUGCUGCUGGUACCAGUACAGGAUAUUCACCAACUAGUCCAACAAGAAAUUAUUCUCCUACAUCACCAACAUACUCUCCACAUGAAUCCAGUUAUUCACCCACCUCACCUACAUCAUAUUCACCAACAUCGCCGUCAACUUAUUCGCCGACAUCACCAAAUUAUGACGAAUGAAUGAAAAAAUUUUAAUGAUUUUAUGAAAUUUCAUUUUCCAAAAAUAAUUAAUUAACACAUACGCAACAACAACAAUCAGGAUCUUUUUUCUUAAUUUUUUUUUCGAAUACUAAUACAGAGACAAUACUUUGUGAACAUAAUUACAAAUUUUUUUUUCUAUACUCGCAAAAUGUAUUUUGUUUAAUUCU